AGUCAGCAUGUGUGCGGGCGGCGCGCGGCGCGGGGCGGGCGGGAGCAUGGCAGCGCCGGGUGGCUGCUGAGCAGGGCCUCAAAGCCAGAGAUGACUGACAAGAUGUCGAGUUUCCUUCAUAUCGGAGAUAUUUGUUCUCUAUAUGCAGAGGGCUCAACAAAUGGAUUUAUCAGCACCCUGGGCCUUGUGGAUGAUCGAUGUGUUGUGCAGCCAGAUGCAGGUGAUCUUAACAACCCGCCCAAAAAGUUCAGAGAUUGCCUGUUUAAGCUAUGUCCUAUGAACCGGUACUCUGCUCAGAAACAGUUCUGGAAAGCAGCAAAACCAGGAGCUAACAGCACUACAGAUGCAGUAUUACUCAAUAAACUACAUCAUGCGGCCGAUUUGGAAAAGAAACAGAAUGAAACGGAAAACAGGAAGCUUCUGGGAACAGUUAUCCAAUAUGGCAAUGUUAUCCAGCUGUUGCAUUUAAAAAGUAACAAAUACUUAACGGUAAAUAAGAGGCUCCCAGCUCUGCUAGAGAAGAAUGCAAUGAGAGUGACUCUGGACGAAGCUGGAAAUGAAGGUUCCUGGUUCUACAUACAACCUUUCUACAAACUGCGUUCCAUAGGAGACAGUGUUGUCAUUGGAGACAAAGUGGUCCUAAAUCCUGUUAAUGCUGGCCAGCCCCUUCAUGCCAGUAGCCAUCAACUGGUUGAUAAUCCUGGGUGUAAUGAGGUCAACUCUGUGAAUUGCACUACAAGCUGGAAAAUAGUCCUCUUCAUGAAAUGGAGUGAUAACAAAGAUGAUAUCCUAAAAGGGGGAGAUGUAGUGAGGCUGUUUCAUGCAGAGCAGGAGAAGUUUCUCACUUGUGAUGAGCACAGAAAGAAGCAGCAUGUCUUCCUGAGAACCACCGGGAGACAGUCGGCCACUUCCGCAACAAGUUCAAAAGCACUGUGGGAAGUUGAGGUGGUGCAACAUGACCCAUGUCGUGGUGGUGCCGGUUAUUGGAAUAGUCUUUUUCGAUUCAAACAUCUUGCUACAGGACACUACUUAGCAGCAGAGGUAAACCCUGACUAUGAGGAAGAUGGCCAGGAGUGUCAAUCCUCACUGGAUCCUGACCAGGAUGGAUCCCAACAAGGGUUGCAUAAUGCUCAGGAGAAGAUGGCAUACUCUUUGGUGUCGGUGCCUGAAGGAAACGAUAUCUCCUCCAUCUUUGAGUUGGACCCCACCACUUUGCGAGGUGGAGAUAGCCUUGUCCCAAGGAACUCCUAUGUCAGGCUUAGACAUCUAUGUACUAACACCUGGGUACACAGCACCAAUAUUCCCAUUGAUAAAGAAGAAGAAAAACCUGUGAUGCUUAAAAUUGGUACCUCUCCAGUAAAAGAGGACAAAGAAGCUUUUGCUAUAGUACCAGUUUCUCCUGCAGAAGUUCGCGAUUUGGACUUUGCAAAUGAUGCAAGCAAGGUGUUGGGUUCUAUUGCUGGCAAGCUGGAGAAGGGAACGAUAACCCAGAAUGAAAGAAGGUCUGUCACCAAGCUGCUGGAAGAUUUGGUUUACUUUGUUACUGGUGGGACUAAUUCUGGGCAAGACGUACUUGAAGUGGUGUUUUCUAAACCAAACAGAGAGCGACAAAAACUGAUGAGAGAGCAAAAUAUCCUAAAGCAGAUUUUCAAGUUGUUACAAGCCCCAUUUACAGACAGUGGAGAUGGACCCAUGUUGCGACUGGAGGAACUUGGAGACCAGCGUCAUGCUCCUUUUAGACACAUUUGCCGGCUCUGCUACAGGGUGUUGAGACACUCCCAGCAAGAUUACAGAAAAAAUCAGGAAUAUAUUGCCAAGCAGUUUGGCUUUAUGCAGAAACAAAUUGGCUACGAUGUAUUGGCAGAGGACACUAUAACGGCAUUGCUUCAUAACAAUCGUAAACUUCUGGAGAAGCACAUUACAGCUGCAGAGAUAGACACCUUUGUUAGUCUCGUGAGGAAGAACAGGGAGCCCAGGUUUUUGGAUUACCUCUCAGAUCUGUGUGUUUCCAUGAACAAGAGUAUACCAGUGACACAGGAGCUGAUCUGUAAAGCCGUGCUGAAUCCAGCAAAUGCAGACAUACUCAUUGAGACAAAGUUGGUUCUGUCUCGGUUUGAGUUUGAAGGGGUAUCAAGUGGAGAUAAUGCCCUGGAGGUUGGAGAAGAUGAGGAAGAAGUCUGGCUAUUCUGGAGAGACAGUAACCAGGAAAUACGCAGUAAGAGUAUCAGAGAGUUGGCUCAAGAUGCUAAGGAAGGGCAGAAGGAAGAUCGGGAUGUACUCAGCUAUUACAGGUACCAGCUGAACCUCUUUGCUAGGAUGUGCCUUGAUCGACAGUACUUGGCUAUAAAUGAAAUAUCAGGCCAGCUGGAUGUGGAUCUCAUCCUUCGUUGUAUGUCUGAUGAAAACUUACCAUAUGAUCUGAGAGCUUCUUUCUGCCGGCUGAUGCUGCAUAUGCAUGUUGACCGUGAUCCGCAAGAGCAAGUAACACCAGUGAAGUAUGCGCGCUUAUGGUCUGAAAUACCUUCUGAAAUUGCUAUUGAUGACUAUGAUAGCAGUGGAACUUCCAAAGAUGAAAUUAAAGAGAGAUUUGCCCAGACCAUGGAAUUUGUUGAGGAAUAUUUGAGAGAUGUGGUGUGUCAGAGGUUCCCUUUCUCUGACAAAGAGAAAAAUAAGCUCACUUUUGAGGUUGUGAACCUGGCCAGAAAUCUGAUAUAUUUUGGUUUCUACAACUUCUGUGAUCUUCUAAGACUAACCAAAAUCCUUCUUGCUAUAUUGGACUGUGUGCAUAUUACUACUAUCUUCCCUAUUACUAAGAUGGCAAAAGGAGAAGAAAAUAAAGGGAGCAAUGUGAUGAGGUCAAUCCAUGGAGUUGGUGAGCUGAUGACUCAGGUUGUACUCAGAGGUGGUGGAUUCUUGCCCAUAGCUCCCCUGGCUGCUGCACCUGAAGGUAACGUCAAGCAAAGUGAACCAGAAAAAGAGGACAUCCUGGUAAUGGACACCAAACUGAAAAUCAUUGAAAUACUUCAGUUUAUUUUGAAUGUGAGGUUGGAUUACAGAAUCUCCUGCCUUCUGUGUAUAUUUAAACGCGAGUUUGAUGAAAGCAACGCUCAGAUGUCUGAAUCGCCAACUGGAAGCAGUAGCCCCGAUGUACCAACUAACGUACCUGGAGCCCUAGACUUUGAACAUAUUGAAGAACAAGCUGAAGGGAUCUUUGGAGGAAGUGAAGAAAACAUGCCGUUGGAUUUGGAUGACCAUGGCGGCAGAACAUUUCUUAGAGUUUUGCUCCACUUAACAAUGCAUGAUUACCCUCCACUUGUGUCUGGGGCGCUUCAGUUACUCUUCAGACAUUUUAGUCAGAGGCAAGAAGUUCUUCAAGCUUUUAAGCAGGUUCAACUGCUUGUUACCAGCCAAGAUGUUGACAACUACAAGCAGAUAAAACAGGAUUUGGACCAGCUGAGAUCUAUUGUGGAGAAAUCAGAACUUUGGGUGUACAAAGGGCAAAGUCCUGAUGAAACUAUGGAUGGAGCACAAGGGGAGAAUGAGCACAAGAAGAAAGAAGAAGGUCAUGGGAAGCCACAGAAAUAUGAAAGUACUAGCAGUUACAAUUACCGGGUCAUGAAGGAGAUUUUGCUUCGGCUUAGCAAGCUCUGUGUUCAAGAAAGUAUCUCGGUCAGAAAAAACCGGAAACAGCAGCAGAGAUUGUUACGAAACAUGGGCGCUCACACUGUGGUUCUGGAAUUGCUGCAGAUUCCCUACGAAAAGGCUGAAGAUACAAGGAUGCAGGAGAUAAUGAAACUUGCACAUGAGUUUUUGCAGAACUUCUGUGCUGGGAACCAACAGAACCAGGCGUUGCUACACAAGCACAUAAACCUGUUUCUUAACCCAGGGAUUCUCGAAGCAGUAACAAUGCAACAUAUUUUCAUGAACAAUUUCCAGCUCUGUAGCGAGAUCAAUGAGCGAGUCGUUCAGCACUUUGUCCACUGUAUUGAAACUCAUGGCCGAAAUGUCCAGUACAUAAAGUUCCUGCAGACUAUUGUCAAGGCAGAAGGAAAGUUCAUUAAGAAGUGUCAAGAUAUGGUUAUGGCUGAGCUGGUUAAUGCGGGAGAAGAUGUCCUUGUGUUCUACAAUGACCGGGCCUCUUUCCAGACCCUUGUGCAAAUGAUGAGAUCAGAGCGAGACAGGAUGGAUGAAAACAGCCCUUUAAUGUAUCAUAUUCACUUAGUAGAACUUCUUGCUGUAUGCACAGAGGGCAAAAAUGUCUACACAGAAAUCAAGUGCAACUCCCUUCUUCCUUUGGAUGACAUUGUUAGAGUAGUAACUCAUGAGGAUUGCAUACCUGAGGUUAAAAUUGCCUAUAUCAACUUCUUGAAUCAUUGCUAUGUGGACACAGAGGUAGAAAUGAAAGAGAUUUACACCAGUAAUCACAUGUGGAAACUGUUUGAGAACUUCCUGGUAGACAUCUGUCGGGCUUGUAAUAACACCAGUGACAGAAAACACACAGACUCCAUCCUAGAGAAGUAUGUGACGGAAAUAGUGAUGAGUAUAGUGACCACCUUCUUCAGCUCGCCAUUUUCUGAUCAGAGCACCACUUUGCAGACCUCAAUCUUGAUCAUAAUAAAAGAGACUCGCCAGCCGGUGUUUGUACAGUUGCUGCAAGGAGUGUUCAGGGUGUACCACUGCAACUGGCUGAUGCCGAGCCAAAAAGCAUCGGUGGAGAGCUGCAUUAGGGUGCUCUCAGAUGUAGCAAAAAGCAGAGCAAUUGCCAUCCCGGUAGAUUUGGACAGCCAGGUCAACAACCUCUUCCUGAAAUCUCACAACAUUGUGCAAAAAACUGCAAUGAACUGGCGAAUGACUGCAAGGAACGCUGCCCGUAGAGACUCGGUGCUAGCUGCUUCCAGGGACUAUCGAAACAUCAUUGAAAGAUUGCAGGAUAUAGUAUCUGCAUUAGAGGAUCGGUUGCGCCCUCUGGUCCAGGCAGAGUUGUCAGUGCUGGUAGACGUUCUGCACAGGCCGGAACUGCUCUUCCCAGAGAACACAGAUGCAAGGAGGAAAUGUGAAAGUGGAGGCUUCAUUUGCAAGUUAAUAAAACACACUAAACAGCUGCUGGAGGAGAAUGAGGAGAAACUAUGUAUUAAAGUAUUACAGACACUCAGGGAAAUGAUGACCAAAGAUAGAGGCUAUGGAGAGAAGGGAGAGGCACUCAGGCAACUUUUGGUCAACCGAUACUAUGGCAAUGUUAGACCUGCUGGAAGGAGAGAGAGCCUUACGAGCUUUGGCAAUGGCCCGUUGUCUGCUGGAGGCGCUAGCAAAGCUGGAGGAGGAGGGGGAAGUUCUGUUUCCAGCUCAAUGAAUCGAGGUGAAAUGAGUUUGGCAGAUGUCCAGUGUCAUCUGGACAAGGAAGGGGCAUCCAACUUAGUCAUAGAUCUCAUCAUGAAUGCCACCAGUGACAGAGUAUUUCAUGAGAGCAUUCUCCUAGCCAUUGCCCUUCUGGAAGGCGGUAAUACAACGAUACAGCAUUCGUUCUUCUGCCGGCUCACAGAAGAUAAGAAAUCGGAAAAAUUUUUUAAGGUUUUCUACGACCGCAUGAAAGUGGCUCAGCAAGAAAUCAAGGCUACCGUCACAGUCAACACGAGUGACUUGGGAAAUAAAAAGAAAGAUGAGGACACUGACAGAGAUGUGCCAGUCAGGAAAAGAGUGCGGGAACCUAUGACCCAAAUCACAGAGGAAGUCCGGGAUCAGUUGCUUGAGGCCUCCACUGCUACACGAAAAGCUUAUAAUACGUACAGGAGGGAAGCCGAUCCUGAUGACCACUUUUCACCUGGGGAUGGAGCACAGUCUGCAGCAGACAAGAACAGAGAUGAGCUGGAGAUGAGUGCAGUCAUUACAAUAAUGCAACCCAUCCUCCGUUUCUUACAGCUGCUCUGUGAAAACCACAAUCGGGAUCUACAGAAUUUCCUGCGCUGUCAAAACAACAAAACGAACUACAACCUGGUAUGUGAGACGCUACAGUUUCUGGACUGCAUCUGUGGAAGCACAACGGGAGGACUUGGACUUCUUGGUCUGUAUAUAAAUGAGAAGAACGUAGCACUGAUCAACCAGACCCUGGAAAGUUUGACUGAGUACUGUCAGGGGCCCUGCCAUGAAAACCAGAACUGCAUUGCUACUCAUGAGUCCAAUGGCAUUGACAUCAUCACAGCACUGAUUCUCAAUGAUAUCAACCCCCUGGGAAAAAAGAGGAUGGACUUGGUGUUAGAACUGAAGAACAAUGCCUCAAAACUCCUGUUGGCAAUCAUGGAGAGCAGGCAUGACAGUGAAAAUGCGGAAAGAAUACUCUAUAACAUGAGACCAAAAGAACUGGUGGAAGUGAUAAAGAAGGCCUAUAUGCAAGGUGAAGUAGAAUUUGAGGAUGGUGAGAACGGUGAAGAUCUUGCAGCAUCUCCUAGGAAUGUGGGACACAAUAUUUACAUACUUGCUCAUCAGUUGGCUCGUCAUAACAAGGAACUACAAAACAUGCUGAAGCCUGGAGGUCAAGUCGAAGGUGAUGAGGCUCUGGAGUUUUAUGCCAAGCACACAGCACAGAUUGAGAUUGUCAGGCUGGAUCGUACAAUGGAGCAAAUAGUCUUCCCUGUGCCCAGUAUAUGUGAAUUCCUCACAAAGGAAUCUAAGCUGAGGAUAUACUACACGACAGAGAGGGAUGAACAAGGCAGUAAGAUCAACGAUUUCUUUAUGAAAUCAGAAGACCUCUUCAAUGAAAUGAACUGGCAAAAGAAGCUGAGAGCUCAACCUGUGUUGUACUGGUGUGCUCGCAACAUGUCCUUCUGGAGCAGUAUUUCGUUUAACCUCGCUGUCCUUAUGAAUCUACUGGUAGCAUUUUUCUAUCCAUUCGAAGGAGUUCGAGAAGAUACACUAGAGACUCACUUAUCGGUCUUACUUUGGACAGCUAUGCUGAUAUCUUUGGCCAUAGUUAUAGCUCUUCCUAAGCCCCAUGGUAUCCGAGCUUUAAUAGCGUCUACAAUAUUACGGCUAAUAUUUUCAGUAGGUUUACAGCCUACCUUAUUUCUUCUGGGUGCAUUUAAUGUUUGUAAUAAAACAAUUUUUGUGAUGAGUUUUGUGGGUAACUGUGGAACCUUCACUAGAGGAUACAAGGCAAUGAUCUUGGAUGUGGAGUUUCUUUAUCAUCUGCUGUACCUUCUUAUUUGUGCUAUGGGACUCUUCGUACAUGAAUUUUUCUAUAGCUUAUUGCUUUUUGACUUGGUGUAUAGAGAAGAGACCUUGCUGAAUGUCAUUAAAAGUGUCACUCGCAAUGGACGGUCCAUCAUCCUGACUGCUGUUCUUGCACUUAUCUUGGUUUACCUGUUCUCGAUAGUGGGGUACCUGUUCUUCAAAGAUGACUUUAUCCUGGAAGUAGAUAAGCUGCCCAAUGAAACGUUAUUGCCAGACCGCACAGACUCUGGUGAGACCAUGACUGGGGAGUUCCUGUAUUCAGAUGUAUGUAAAGCAGGUAGUGGGGAAAACUGUUCUUCAGUCAUUCCUUCAAAAGAACUGAUUUCUGAAGAAAACGAGGAAGAGAAUAAAGAGCAUACGUGCGAGACGUUACUGAUGUGCAUUGUUACUGUACUGAGUCAUGGGCUCAGGAGUGGGGGUGGAGUAGGAGAUGUGCUCAGGAAACCAUCCAAAGAGGAACCUCUCUUUGCUGCUAGAGUGAUAUAUGAUCUCCUCUUCUUCUUCAUGGUGAUCAUUAUUGUCCUUAACUUGAUUUUUGGUGUGAUCAUUGAUACAUUUGCUGAUCUAAGGAGUGAAAAACAGAAGAAAGAAGAAAUUUUAAAAACAACUUGCUUUAUCUGUGGUUUGGAAAGAGAUAAGUUUGAUAACAAGACGGUCACAUUUGAAGAGCAUAUAAAAGAAGAGCACAAUAUGUGGCACUAUUUGUGUUUUAUUGUGUUAGUAAAAGUUAAAGAUUCAACAGAAUAUACUGGACCAGAAAGUUACGUUGCAGAAAUGAUCAAGGAAAGAAACCUUGACUGGUUCCCUAGGAUGCGUGCCAUGUCGCUCGUGAGCAGCGAUUCCGAAGGGGAGCAGAACGAGCUGAGAAACCUGCAGGAAAAGCUCGAAUCUACCAUGAAACUGGUUACCAACUUGUCUGGCCAGCUGUCUGAGCUGAAAGACCAGAUGACAGAACAGAGGAAGCAGAAACAGCGAAUCGGCCUCCUCGGACAUCCUCCUCCCAUGAAUGUGAACCCACAGCAACCAGCAUAAAUCAGCAGGGUCACUUGUCCCUCUCCCAGCAACAUGAAAAUGCUAAACAAGAGGUCAGAUUCAACCACUAAGGCUGCUUCUGUAUGUUUAGUUCAUUUUGUAAAUACCCUGUUUUUAUACUGUAUGUAUAUGACUGCUACUAAAAAGUUUUGGGGGCAUAUGUAUUGUAAGUAGAACUGUUGGCACAUGAUGGGGGGUUAUUUUUGUGCCAAAAGUAUCAAAAUUGCCUUUUUUCUUAGAAGGACUAAAGAGAGCACCUGCAUUGCACUUGAAAAGGUUUAUCGACUAAAGUAUGUGACAUGUAUUUUGUAUUUAAAAACUAGAAUAGCUAGUAUUUAUGUUUUUAUACAAUUGUGCAAUAUGAAUUAUGCAAUCACAAUAUCCUUGCAACUCCCGCACAUCCUGAAGGGAGUGCGCAUCUUCAGAUCUGGUGUGUUUAGUACAAUGUAAUAAAUGGUAUCAAAUUUACAGAUGUAAAUGAGGCUGCUGCCAAAUCUGUGUUACUGGUGAUUUUCAAUACCCCUGGGCAUUUUUGUACCAUAUGUGUAAAUAGCCUAUAAUGCCGUAUCUCAUUGCCUCUUCCCUCCCAGGGAUAACACUGGGAAUCCAGGAGUUGUUAAAUUGGUAUCCAUUUAAAAAAAAAAAAGAAGCUAAUUUUGGUUUUUAAAUGUUCCUUUUGAAGCCUCCAAAUUAGUAAGUGUCUUCAAAUACAACCAGGAGCCAUAGAAGAGGCACAAGCACUAAUUUUUGGAGAAUGCAACACAUUUCUUUAAAGGGAAGUUUUUAUGCGGAACUAAGCAUUGGAUAAAUGUGCACUGCUGGCGAAAUCAGUGCCAUCUCCUCAAGGCAUUUUGUGCCGUAUCACUAAGAACGUGCAUAUAAGCAUUUCCAGAGCUUGCAUUCCCAGCGUGGGGUGUUUUUUGUUUUUACAUUCUCUCAUUAGAGACAAAUGCCCACCGAGGAGUUUUUAACCACCGCGCAUUGCACCCAUUGAAACCCGAACUAUCCCGUUAGGAUUUGUAGGUGAGCACUGACAUACGUAAUACUUGUGAAGAGCCGCUCAUUUGGACUCCUUCUCCCUUCAUAUGGUCACUUUUUUGCGUUUCCCCCAGCUGAACGGUAUGAAAGGAACCUUUUUUAUCUGUUGCCUAGUUUUGUACAUGGACCUCAUUUUACAAAAGCUGAUUCCUCUGCAAUACUGUCUACAAAAAACAAAAUAAAAAAAAGUUAUGAAAGGAAAGCUAUGGAAGUUUGUAAAUGCAUAAAAAUAGAUAUUUAAAUAAACAAUGCUGAAUAAUACUGCACAGAA